CACUCCUCCAUCUCACCCUCAGCCGCACAGCACAGCACAGCACAGCACGCACACUCUCUCUUCUCAAACCCUAACCCUAAAACAAAAGAGAAGUACAUCCCUCUCCUGAAGCCCUUAGUCGCCAUGGCUGGGACGAGCAUUUUCUCUCUCUUCCUCACCAUGGCCCUCGUCUCUCUCUCUAACGCUCAAGCCCCCACCUCCCCUCCCACCACCACCCCUGUCGCUACUCCACCGCCCACAGUCGCAGCUGCACCGCCCACAGUCGCUGCGCCGCCCACAGUUGCUGCACCACCCACUGUCACUGCUACACCGCCCACUGUCGCGACGCCACCCACCGUCACUGCUACACCGCCCACUGUCGCGACGCCACCCCCUGUCGCCACACCACCCCCUGUCGCCACACCACCCCCAGUCGCUGCACCACCCACUGCUACUCCUCCCCCCACAGUAGCUACACCACCUCCUGCAGCAUCACCCACUGCUGCGACCCCACCUGCUACUCCACCCGCUGCUGCUACACCACCCUCCGUAUCUGCACCUGCUCCUUCACCGGUGAUGAAGUCACCACCUGCACCCUCACCUGGGGCCCCUGUUGGUGAACCCACUGCUGCUACACCAACAGGUGGGGUACCGAGCCCCGUUGCUCCAGUGCCAGCUCCCGCUUCGGACACUGGAAGCCCCGACAACAGUGCUUUCUCCAAUGUGGCUUCCAAGGGCUUGGUUUUGGGGGCCAUUGGUGCUGUUGCCCUUCUAUUCUAAGAAGGCGUAGUGCCCCCCAUUUUUUACCUGCAUUUUCUUUUAUUUUUUCCCUUACUCUCUUUUCCUUGUUACUAUUUGGGUUUGUGGGUCUUAUUUUUCUCUUUGGAUCUACUUUUGUUCAUUGUUGCUGAUGAGAGGAUGAUUCGUGUAAUUCUUUUGUUUCGACGAGGGCCCCUUCUUUUGUAGUAGGGCGGAGGAGGAGGAGGAGGUGGUGGUGGUGGUGGUGGUGGUUUUAUUUUUAUGAGCUUUAUCUCUCUCACAUUAUUAUUGCUUAUUUUUCUUCUGUA